AUGUCGCAGACCAAGGACUUCAGCAUCGAUAUUGGCGAGUUUGCACCGGUCACAACAUCAGUCCAGCAAGCUUCAAGGAGAGGACGAACAGCUGGAAAUGUUAUCGAGGGUGUGUCCUCGUUCUUAUCAGCGUGGACCCCGUUCUGCCUCGUGGCAUCCUACUUUGUGUUCUCUACAUGCAUGUACAUGUACUGCAGCGAGGGCUUGAUCGCUGUGUUCUGGUUUAUUUACAUGUGUACAAACUUUUACAUCGCCGGAGCGACUGUUCUUGAGGCCUUCAUGAGUAUCACUCCCUGCCGCGAGGCAAGACAGAUCGUCACUCAGGCUGAAGAGAAGGGAUGGCUGUUCCCAACGGCCCACAGCGAGCUCCCCAUCCUGGACCUCGUCAUUGUUGCGUACUUGCCGAACGAAAAGGACAUCAUCAUGGACCGCGCCAUCUACGCUUUGAAACAGCUUGACUACCCUCAAGACAAGAUCCGUAUCAACAUUCUUUACAACACUCCUGUCUCCAUUGAGCCUCUGGAGACAGAGCUUCACCAACUGUCUCUCAAGUACCCCCAUGCUAGGAUCAUCAAAGUAGCCAACUCUACCUCGAAGGCGGACAACCUCAACUACUUCCUCACCUUGAAUACCGGCUCCGACGUCAUCGCCAUAUAUGACUGCGACCACUACCCACACCCCAACGGCCCUCGCUGGGCAGCUGAGCGCUUCAAGGCUGAUGCUGAUGUCGAUAUCAUUCAGGGUCGAUGCGUCAUCUUCAACUCCAACGACACUUUCCUCACGAGUAUGAUCGCCGUUGAGUUCGACAAGAUCUACGCCGUUUCUCAUCCAGGACGCUCUGCAAUGUGGGGCUUCGGCUUGUUCUGUGGAAGUAACGGCUAUUGGCGGACGUCGCUGCUUCGUGACCUGAAGAUGGACGACUCGAUGUUGACUGAAGACAUCGACUCUGCUCUCCGAGCGUUCUCACGUGGAUGCAAGACGGUCCAUGAUCUCAACGUCACAUCAUACGAGCUGGCACCUACUACUAUCGGUGCCUUCUGGAAGCAGCGUCUUCGAUGGGCACAAGGCUGGGCUCAGGCGUCAAUGCGGCACUGCAAGAUGAUCUACAAUGACAUUCAAAAUCCGUUACACGAGGGGGUCAAGCGAGACUUCAUAGCUAGAUUUGGCGUUCUCUCGUUACUACUCAUCCGCGAGGCCUCGUAUUACCUGGUCACGCAAUACACGUGUCUUGUCCUAUCGUUCGUCAUUGUCAAGUUUCCUCGGUCCGGCGGUGAUCUGUCGAAGCUUGUCUACUUCCAAUAUCCAGUAUCACAAUGGCUGUUCAUCAUCAGCUUGGUGUGCCUGGUAGCCACGCUUUGGAUCACCAACCAGGUCAAAUCCGAAUUUGUCUCGAAGAAGAUGAUCAUCAUGUUCUCGAUCAUGUACCCGUUCUAUCUGGUACUCUCGGCGACGAUCGGCCUCUACGGUCACGCUCGACAGAUUGUCAAGUACAGCUCGUGGAACCCGACCGCCAGGACGUAA